GCUCUCAAUGUCAGUCGAUAAUGGUUCCGGGUUUAUAUUUUGCAUAAGGUGUUUGACAAGUCAUAUAACAAGGCACAAACACGCUUCUUUUGAGUCAUAACAACUCACACUGCUGUCGUAAGUUUUGGCCGAGAUAGAUGAACAAAGGUGCAUUAUAUAUCAUGAGAUUGACAUGCAGAGUCACAACACUGCACAUGACAUCGUCCAGGAGGGCAUCCUCAGCUCCUGCUGGGUUCUUCGUCCCUGAUUGCAGCUCCAUAGACACGCAGUCCCUGCAGCUGCUCCAGGAUUUUGUCUCCCGGGCCACAAGGCUCUUUGCCAUCAGCGGCGCUGGUCUCUCCACAGAGUCGGGCAUUCCAGAUUACCGCUCGGAAGGUGUGGGCCUCUACGCCCGCACUGACAGGCGUCCCAUGCAGCAUGUUGAGUUUGUCCGUAGCGCCAAGUCCCGUCAGCGUUACUGGGCAAGGAACUUUCUGGGGUGGCCACAGUUCUCCUCGCAUCAGCCCAACGCAGCUCACAGGGCCCUGCAGCAUUGGGAGGUACAGGGAAAGCUCCACUGGCUGGUGACCCAGAAUGUUGAUGCGCUCCAUUCAAAGGCAGGACAAAAAAAACUCACUGAGCUCCAUGGAUGUGCUCACAGAGUGAUGUGUUUAGGCUGUGGCAGUAUUUCAGCGAGGGAGGAGCUCCAGAGGCGUUUUGUGGAGCUCAACCCAGACUGGAGGGCUCAGGCCGGGGCCGUGGCUCCAGAUGGGGACGUGUUCCUGGAAGACGAGCUGGCUCUCAAUUUCAGGGUUCCCUCCUGUGAGGUCUGUGGAGGAACACUGAAGCCUGAGGUUACCUUCUUCGGUGACUCAGUGAAUAAAGACACAGUGCAGUUUGUGCACAACAAAUUAGCGGAAUCGGAUGCAGUGCUCGUCAUCGGGACAUCGCUGCAGGUCUACUCGGGAUACAGAUUUUUACUGGCAGCCAGCGAUAGAAAUAUACCGGUCGCCAUCGUGAAUAUUGGACCGACGAGGGCAGACCAUUUGGCCCAGCUGAAAGUGAGAGGUCGCUGUGGUGAAGUGCUGUCAAGCAUUCAACCUCUCUGACGGUAUGUGGUAAAAUUCGGAGAUUCAAAGAGAAAAACUACCUCAAUUCUGCUACCCGGAUUGCUGAGAUGCAAAGUGACACUUGAUCUGACGAAUCAACCCAGGGGCUUCAUGAAUAUUUCAAAAACUACUUUUACGGUUUGUUUUUGUACCACCAUGUAGUCCUGCUGUAAUAAGUAAAAGAAGCUGUUUUUAUUCAUUUUAAACAGUUUAAUGGAGUCAUGAAUAAAACAUGAUGUUGAGUUACAAACAGACUGAUGGUAGAGUGACUGCAGACUGACAGACAUUGAGUUCUUUUAGGAUAUUUUGCUCUUGGAAUCUCUCUUGAAGGCCAAGCUUCCACUCCUCCAGACUGGAUAGUGACUCAUUUUGUAGGAUGGCCGGGAUGCUAAAUGAGUACAGGCAACUUUUAUGGCUGGUUGCAUCUGCCGCCCAUGUUGCAGUUGCCUUGGUCACUGUCAAGGGGGUCAUAGAGAGGCAGUUUUCAAAGCUCUCACUCUGCUCAAACCAGUAGAUGGCAGGGUAACCCAGUAACAGUCCGAAGACAGCGCUCAGGUUCCACUCAUCUGAACCAUGUGCCACAGAAAUACUUUUGUCAACAUCCUUUCCUGCAUCAAAC